GCAACCCAGUUUGACAACCCAGACCGCUACGCCUGACCACGUUGACAGUGAGUCGCCCUGGAACUUCGCUCCGGGAACUCCAGUUUCUCCAGACGCACUACUUGGCUGGAGUCCUGGAGAAUGUUCCUCUCAACAGUGUUUACUCACUGUCAUCACUAACAGGCACCGGGAUAAGAACGCAACUGCCAACGUGAACAUAUCAGUGCUCAACGUUAAUGACUGGGACCCCCGUUUCCGAUAUCCUCAAUACGAGUUCUUCGUUCCCGAGAUCCCCAGGGAGAGAGGGGAAGUGCGUGAGGAUGAGGAAGGAGAAGCCGGGUUGAUGGUGGGGAAAGUAGAAGCGGCAGAUGGUGAUAGAGGGGAUUUUAUUACGCUCAGUUUGAGGGGACCUGCUGCAAGAAUGUUCACAAUCGAUGACUCUGGACAAAUAAGAAUCAAGGACCUGUCAGCUCUUAACAGCAGUACAGCUCAUCUAGUUGCUGUAGCUACUGAUAAGGAAUACCUCCCAGACAAGCUUCUGUACCAGUAAUAGUGCACUUACCUGAGGCGGUGAUAUGGCGAGCGGGCAAUGCGUGGGUGGGAGGAGCCAGUUUCAUAGUUAUGAUAGUUUUCGGAUCCAUUCUAUCAGUACUGGCACUGAUCAUUGUCAUCCAUACUCUACAUUCAUAAACACAAAAAGCCGAAAUCAGGCAGCCGAGAGGGCAAAACUAACGGAAUAAUUGCAAACCAAAUAGAACCAGAGAAGUUACCCCCAAAUACCCGAAAUGAGGACACUUUCGCCCCUGGCGGAAAAAUUGAAAACCCCGUUUAUGGAACCGCAAAUUUGAGUCAUACCACACCCACAAUGCCGAGGGGGAGUUCGCCCUACACUGCUACUGUCAAAAGUAUAAUGGCUCGUAAUCCCCCAACAAGAUUACCACCCCAAGUGAUGCCGCCAACCAACAGCCGCAUGCAGAUCAUCACCGCUCACAACCCUCCCCCACCCCUGCAACACCACCCCAAAAAGCAUAAGGUGGCCCCCUGCCACCCCAGGUACCCCCUUCUCGCACUCCGUCUCCUCCCACUGAUGACGCCGCGUCUUCCA